AUGACUGCCCUGGUUCCAGACAACAUGGCAAGACUCAGAAUCCACAGGGACAGACAUCACAGAUUGCUAAGAAAGGUGAAACCUGCUAUUGGAUGGAUUUCGCCAGGGAAAUGCCACAAAGUCCCCAACUGGGAUACUUCAUUGCCAGCGAGUUUGAGCCAGCCUUCAGCACUCAUGGAAAGGCCCCGUGUGUUCUUUCUUGUCCACAACAUCA